UCAUGCAAAUCACAUGCUUCCACUACUUCUCUAAAAUCCUCCAACUCCUUCCCAACACCACCUGUCCUUCCUUCCCUCUCUUCAUAAGAUAUCGAUAGCAGCUAAUAGUAAUUGCUCGGACUAUGGCUAGACCCAGUCUAGCUAAUAAUUUGGGGUGAACAACCGGUCCAGCUCUGGUUAGGCGCGAGUCCAACCAAUACUAACCUGUGAACGACCCUCCAAACUAAAAAGCCCAGUAACCCCCCUUACUAUACGUUCGGCCAAACCAAAAAAAAUUGCCAAUUUGCUUCAACAUUCAUUUUUCUUUCUGUUUGCUAGGGUUUUAGAAAACUUACAAAGGUUUUAGAGAGAGAAUAACCUCAACAUCAACUUCAAUCGGCUACCAUGUCUUUCAACUCCCCUGAAUUGCAGAAUCUUCUCGAGCAAGAGAAGCAGAGAGCCAUGGUCAAUGAGAUGGUAUCGAAAAUGACAAGUGCUUGCUGGGAUAAAUGCAUUACCAGUGCACCCGGAAGCAAGUUCAGUAACAGUGAAGCAGCCUGCCUUCAGAAUUGUGCUCAACGAUAUGUUGAGAUGAGCAUGAUAAUUAUGAAGCGCUUUCAAUCUAUGCAGUAGAAUAGGCAAGAAAUCUCGAUAAAUUGCUCAUUGAUGAUUGCUGUCUCACUUUUAUGGUCUCCUUUAAAUUAAACUUCCCUGUCGGGGUUUUACUGUUGCAACUGUGCAUUGCCUAUACAUUUGAUGCAAGAAAACACGAACUUACGCCACAAUAAUUUAUCUAUGAAAGUCUUUUUGCACAUGCGUAAUAUCGUCUAGCAUUUAUGUUUUACUCAAUGAACAAUGUUUUUGAGGAGUUAAACUCUUCUGUAAAUUAAACAAAGGAAAUCCUUGGCUGCCAAUCUUUUUUUGCCUUCGUUCUAAUGUUGAAUAAGUGAUAUAACUUAA